AUGUCAGCUCGUAAUUCGGUGGUAUCAUUGUCCUCAAAUGGGAGUGGAAGUCGUGUUGAAACUCGUCUUGUCGAUUCUCAUCGUUUGAGUGUAACAUCUCGUACUUCUGGAGGACAAGAAGGAGCAAUGUUGCCAUCAUCAUCAAGCAAAGACGAUGAUGAUCUGUUAUCUACUAGUAGUGAUGAAGUGGAAACUAUGGCAAUGCAAACGUUGAGUCAAUACGAGGAGAACAAGUCCAUCAUAUCCGGAAAGUCAGAUGAUACUGAUGAUGAGCAGUUUAAGAAAAAAAGUGGUGAGAAAGAGCCGGAAGAUAAAGAUGCUGAAGCCCAAGAGACUCAAGCAAAUAUUCAAAAUGAGUUUGGUGUAUGCGGGUGGAUUCUUACAAUUCUCUCUUAUUUACUUAUCUUUGUUACUCUUCCCAUAUCGGCUUGUAUGUGUAUUAAGGUAGUUCAAGAAUAUGAAAGAGCAGUCAUAUUUCGACUUGGUCGAUUGAUGCCUGGAGGUGCAAAGGGACCAGGAAUCUUUCUGAUUGUUCCAUGUAUCGACACGUAUCGCAAAGUGGAUUUACGAGUUCUUUCCUUUGAAGUGCCGCCACAAGAAAUUCUUUCAAAAGAUUCUGUGACAGUUGCUGUAGAUGCUGUUGUUUAUUUCCGAAUAUCAAAUGCCACGAUUUCGGUUACCAAUGUGGAAGAUGCUGCUAGAUCAACUAAACUCUUAGCACAAACAACUCUCCGAAAUAUUUUGGGAACAAAAACUUUAGCUGAAAUGUUAUCAGACAGAGAAGCUAUCUCUCAUCAAAUGCAGACUACCUUGGAUGAAGCCACAGAGCCUUGGGGAGUUAAAGUCGAAAGAGUUGAAGUUAAAGAUGUUCGACUUCCCGUUCAACUUCAAAGAGCUAUGGCAGCCGAAGCUGAAGCUGCAAGAGAAGCUCGAGCCAAGGUAAUUGUUGCUGAAGGAGAACAGAAAGCUUCCAGAGCACUGAAAGAAGCUGCUGAAGUAAUAGCGCAGUCGCCAUCCGCUAUUCAACUUCGAUAUUUACAAACAUUAAAUUCAAUAUCAGCUGAGAAAAAUUCAACAAUUAUCUUCCCGUUCCCCAUUGAUUUGCUCAGCGCCUUCUUACAACGGCCGGCACCUAAAAUCUUUAGCGAUAUGUCGCUUAUGCCUUCCACAUCAGCUUCAACGUCCACUACAGUUAAAGCUCAUACAAGCUGA